AUGAUGUGUGACGUUGUCCUUAUAGUUCCUUCGGGUAAAUUUGACGCAGGAGGAGGCGAUGUCGAGAUUGGCGGGGAUGUCAACGAGAGCUAUUUCGCUGGACCGGAUGAUGCGGAUCUCAUUGGGAGUGAUGGCGUCACGUUCUACGGACUAGCACUCGACGGGAACAAUAACCAAAGUAUCGUGGAGAUGAUGAACAGUGAUGAUUGUUUCCGUCACUUCCUCCUCAACACCAACGACGACCAACUCAUAUCCUUCUUGAACCAAGCAGCCAACAACCUCAACCGCGAGUUCCCUGCUGGGACGUUGACGAAUGCGGAGAUGUUGGUCGCCGAUCCGGCGUUUGGUGGGGAUCCGGUGCAUGCUGCGAAUUGGACAAGGGGAGCAUAUCAUGGCACGGUUAUCUGGUCCUGGCAUACGGCUGUGAUGGCUGGGGGUCUCGAGCGUCAGCUCGCUCAAUGCGAUAAUUCGACUUCGACACCUGCUUGCGUACUGAUGACACAAUGUAUCUCAAUGUGGAGGUUUGGAGUUGGGGAGUAUAUGGAUGGAGGAUUUGAGGUGGUGCUGUCGAGUGACAUUCCUGCUCCUGGUGGUAUUCCUCAGACCGAAAGCAUUCCAUGCAACUUUGGAGUCUCACGUUCUUGGCAGCCCAGAGGAACCCAAUUUACGCCUGAAGUUGGGACAGAGCUCGAUGCCCGACAUUAUGAAUUGGGUUAA